AUGAGUGAGAUCUCUGGAGCAGCCGUGUCGGGAGCGAUGAUCCUAGAGGAGCCGGAGGGGGGCGGGGGCCCGGCGGGAAGGGAGCAGGCCUCACCCCCAGAGCCCGGGCCCCUGCGCUGUGGAGGCUGUGCCCUGUGGCCCCGCCAGCAGACCUGGCUGUGUGUGGUGCCCCUCCUCAUCGGCUUCAUUGGCCUGGGACUCAGUCUGAUGCUGCUCAAGUGGAUCGUGGUGGGCUCGGUCCAGGACUACGUACCAACCGACCUGGUGGAUGCCAAAGGGAUCGGGCAGGACCCUAUAUUCCUCUCAAAGCCCAGUGCUGUCCCCAAAAGCCCCGAAACCACCACCACCUCCAGCAGCACUACUGUGAGGGCCAGAACUCGUCCCGGGACUCACCCCAGCGCCACGCCGAGGGGCGGCGGGCCUGGAGCGUCCGGCAGCCAGGUAACACCCCGGAGCACCACCGUGCGCCAGGCCAGCACCAGCAGCACCCGCGGCCCGCCCACAACCACCACCGCCAGCACCACCACCACAACCACAACCAUGGCGGCGCCCACUUCCACCCCUUCGCCCUCCAACCCCACUGUCUUACACGACUCAACGCAAAUGUGGACCCAUGAACACACCUCUCGGAGGAAUCCCACCACGCCUACUCGCUCCCACUUCCAUGUCAAGACAGCAUUGCCCACGUCCCCGCCCCUGCGCUCAGAGCACUUUAAGCCCUGCAGGGACAAAGACCUGGCCUACUGCCUGAACGAGGGAGAGUGUUUCGUCAUCGAGACUCUGACAGGAUCACACAAGCACUGCAGGUGUAAGGAGGGCUACCAGGGAGUGCGAUGUGAUCAGUUUCUUCCCAAGACAGACUCCAUCCUCUCUGAUCCAACGGAUCACCUGGGCAUUGAGUUUAUGGAGAGUGAAGAUAUAUACAAGAGACAAGUGCUGUCAAUCUCCUGCAUCGCCAUAGGAAUCAGUCUACUAGGCACUAUCUGCAUGGCUCUGUAUUACCGAAACAAGCGACGCAGAGAAAAGCUUCAGGCCCAUCUGAAAAGCUACAACAUGACCGCCUCGGGCUUUGUGUCCAAACCUGGCCUGCGGCCCCAGUGCAGUCUGCAGCUUCAGAACUAUUGCAAAGGUCAUGGGUUCUCCCCACCCCAUGGGGGCGCCGUUCACGAGUCCAGCUUCGCCCAGAGCAGCACUGCACCUACCGCACACUCCAGAGCCCUGGGGGCAGGGAAGCACCACAGGAGCGGCUCCCUCUCCCACAGUCCAGACCAGAGAAGCAGAGGCGUGCUUCGAGCUGCACCCCGCAGAACCCCACCUAUACCCAGAGGGAGGCUGAAUCCCAUGGGAGGAUCCAGGGAUUCUGGGCCUGCCUACCAACACCUGCAAGAGGUUGAGUCUUCAGAGCGAGAGGUGGAAUCUUCGAGAGGGCGCCACUCUGAAGCAGCUGGCAGUGAUCCUCGCCAGGACACCUUUUUGAAUAUGCAACCCCCCCUGUCAGCUGCAAGCGCCGCGCAGGGGGGCCAGACUGAGAUGCAGUGCAGCCGCCUGGACAGGGCAGCAGCCAGGGGUUUCAGGUGUUCCCCCCUCCGCCGCUCCUCGCCCCCACCUUACCGCGCCUGCUCCAUUCCCAUCAUCCCCUCUGUCCAGGGACACCACGAUGAUGCUUCUUGUAUGCAAACGGCCAGCGUGGACGAGGGCAGCUGCUGUUCAGAGCCCGCGGGAAACGGCGGGGGCAGUCCUUCUGGAACACGCUACUCCUCUUCCUCCUCGCCCUCUUCCUCGGCGGAGGUGGUGCUGCUCCUGGAUGAAGCCCACGAGCAGCUGAGGGUGCUGGCGCAUGCCCACAGGAAACAGGAGGACAGCAGCUCCUGCCCCACAGCUACCAGGGAGACCGCCUGCUUCCUGUCAACCACUGGAGGCGGAGCCGGGGUAGUGGUCCUAAACGGACCACCUGAGACCCGACUGGUGAACCCCAGCGAUCCACACAGAGACUCCACACAGCCCUCUCCUCCACAUCUGUACAGAGAGACUCUCUGCCCCUCCAUGCCCCCGCCCCUGUCUUGGGCAGGAGGAUCAUGUGUUUGCUCUGAGCCAAGGAAAACAGCAGUUCUGCCUUGGAAAUCCCACACCACCAUCUUAAAGCACUGAUGUGGACUGAAAAAGUGAGGGACAAAAGAACCCCAGAGAAAGAAAAGGGAAGUGUCCCCAGGGAAAUGGCAGCACAAGACCCUGGAGAGCAGACUCAGUCGGCCGGCCUUCGACAGCAAUUCGUGUUCCUGAAGUUUUUCAUAUGAGACUGAGAAACUGUAUUUUUUGCAGAUUUGAAUGAGAAAUGAGGAAAAGGAAUGGAUAUUUUGGACCUAUUCACCCCAUCCCCCUAUUCCCCAUCUUGUGUGGAGCACAGACACAGGUGCUGAGGUGCAUAAUUUACUGCAGUUGGUGGAAAAUAGCAGGGGUGGGGGAUGAAGAGGAAACGGUGACCAUUUGGAAAAGGAUGGAAGACACGAGCUAUCUGAUGGUUGUUGGUUUUCACAAUCUUGUUGGUUUUCAUGCUUGAGCAUGUGGAGGAGUUAGUGUGUGUUUAUCUUUUUUUUUUUUAAAGUGUCAAUUUGCUGCUGUCCUGGGGGUGGGAGGUGGCGCUCAUGUGUGUGGUGAACAACAGGACAACCCUCUUCUGUUUCAAUUAAAAACCAAAUUUUGCAAAAAAAAAAAAAA